AACUAGUACAAUGGCUAGUUAUCCGUACUAUUCUCCUCCACCACCUUCCCUAACACCGCCACCGCCUCUACCACCGCCCCCGCCCCCGUCUUCCGUGUAUACUUACUACUCAUCACCACCUCCACCUCCACCUCCAUGUAACGAAAAUACUACACCACUCCCACCACCUCCACCCCCGCCAUCCGUACCAUCACCACCAUGUAAUGAAACUACUCCAACUAUAUCACCACCUCUGCCGCCCCCACUAGUGCCCCCACCUUCACCACCACCACCACCACCUCGUCCUCCCUCUUACUAUUCUCCCCCACAAUAUUCACCUCCACCACCAAUACUGCCUCCCAAAUAUCCAUCACAUAAAUAUCCACCGCCACCAUCAUAUCCACCCCAUCAACAUCCUUCCCACAAACCACCACCACCACCACCACCACCACCAUCGAUAUCACAUCCACCCCAUCAACAUCCGCCCCACAAACUACCACCACCUCGUACAUUACCGCCACCAUCACAUCCGCCCCACAAACUGCCACUACCACCUUCUUCACCACCUACACUACCGCCACAUUCACACCCACACCAUAAACAUCCACCUCCGCCACCUUCACAACCGUCACCUGCGGUGCCACCAUCGUCACCACCACCUAUGACACCUCCAUCACCUCCACCAUCUCAUCCACCACCUUCAAUAUCACCACCAUUACAUCCACCACCUUCACCAUCACCUUUACCACCUACUAUAGUGCCUCCUUCACACCCACCACCUUCAUCUCCGCCACCAUCACAUCCACCACCUUCAUCUCCGCCGCCGCCACCGCCGCCACCUAUAGUUACACUACCGCCACCCUCACACCCACACCACAAACAUCCACCUCCGCCACCUUCACAACCAUCACCUGCAGUGCCACCAUCGUCACCACCACCUAUGACACCUACAUCACCGCCACCAUCUCAUCCAUCACCUUCAAUAUCACCACCAUUACAUGCACCACCUUUACCAUCACCUUUACCACCUACUGCGGUGCCUCCUUCACACCCACCACCUUCAUCUCCUACACCAUCACAUCCACCACCUCUAGUGCAGCCACCAUUAAGUCCACCAUUACCACCAUCACAUCCGCCACCUUCACUGCCGCCUCCAUCAAGUCCACCAUCUCCGGUGCUGCCACCAUUAAAUCCCCCACCUUCAUCACCACCUCAUUUAAGUCCACGAGUUACACCAUUACCACCAAGUCAUCCACCUCCUCCGGUUCCACCCCCGUCACAUCCCCCAUUGUCACCAUCACCAUCUAUACUACCCCCAUCAUACACACCACCACCUUCAUACUCACCCCUAUUUCCUCCGAUACCCACUCCGGAGCCACCUAUUUGCCAGUGUGUAUGUCCAGCACCAAGUCCUUAUUUCGAUUCAAUUGUCCCAUCACCUCAAAGUUCAGAGUCUCAAAGUUCACCAUCCAAUAGCAAUCGCCAUGUUUAUAUUGCCACUUUUGUCUCGCUUGGUGGAUUGUUCUUUCUUGCGUUCCUUGCAGUUGGUCUCUUUUGCUUGCACAAGAAGAAGAAAAAGUCAAGAGCGGCAUACAGAGAUCAAGGUGUUUCUCAUGCAGAGGAGCAAGGAGAAGUUCAUACAUUUCAGAGCAUCGCUGCUGCUAACCAGAGUGUAGCUAUCAACAUCGAUGAUCAGAAUCCGAAAGUUAAACCCAAACCUUAUGGAGGUGGUGUUGAAGAAGGACAAGACGAUGAUCCAAAUAAAAGUCCUAGUCGCCGUAAACGUGAAACCCGUCGUCGUACAAGAGCACAAGGAAAAAGAAACUCCAAUCAUGAUGACAACAUAACUGCUGCAAUUGGUGCUGGUUCAAAUGAGGAAUUAGAUUCUGAAGAUAAUGAUGAUGACGGAUCAGAUCAAUCUAAGGAUUCAGAUAAAAGUCUUCGCCGGCGCCGAGGUUCUAAUGGUCGCACCGAAAAACGAGAGACUAAAACAAAUCAGAAUCCUGAUCGUAAUGGUGAACAAAGUGCGUCUGCUACAAAUUCAGAAGAAGAUGAUGAUAAAUCAAAUGAUUCGGACAAAGAUUCUCGUCGUCGCAAAGACAAAGAUUCUCGUCGUCGCAAUAAACAGGAGUCUACUCGUCGUAGUCGCGCGAGUGGCACCAACAAAGAUAAAGAGCCUUCCACAUCCAACCGUGAUCAAUGAUAGCCGUGAAAAACUACCUACUCUUUGGUCGUUUGCUUUCUCCUCAAUUUAAAUUCAUGUUAA